AUGACUGCGACCUUCCAGUUCGUCGACAGCAACAGUGUCCUCCCCGGAGGCGUCGACCGCGAGACCCGCAGGCGCAUCCGCAGCCACGCCGCGACAGGCAAGAAUGUCGGACGCAAGGUGAACCGCCCGUCAAAGGUCGCGGCCCUGAAAGCGCAGCACCAGCAGCAACGGGCCCAGGCCGCGUCGGCAUGGGACCUCUGCAAGACCCAGAGCCAGAAGAGCCUGCAGGCAGGGCUGGCCAGCAUGGGGCAGCAGCAGCCAGGCACGCAGAGCCACGCCAGGUCAUCCUGGAAGGUCUCGAGCAAGGCCAUCUGGGCUUUCCUCGUGGCCAAGUACGAGAACCUGGAAAGGAUCAAGGCGCAGAGCCACGUCGGGCUCGACUUCGUGCUCCCCGCGCCGCUGCCGUGUAGGAAGUGGGUGCUGCCGACGAGCUCUCUGGCGGCGACUCACCGAUCCAUGUCCUUCUUCAUGAGCAUCAGGUACUUCCCAGAGCUUCGCUCCGUCAUGUACAACCCGGCCACGGCACCCUCGAUAUGGCUGAGCCUGGUCUUCUCUGACGAAGCCUAUUUCCAUGUCGCCAUGGCUGCCUCGACUCUGCUCCUGGCCCAAAUCACAGACUCGCCAGGAGCCGCAGAGUCGUCGGCAGCGUCAAUGAGCCACCUGUCACGCACAUUUCAGCUCAUAAGCAAGAAACUCACAUCUGGCGAUCCUUCACAUGCGUCCUCCAGCAGCAGCAGCAGCAACUCACGUGACGUAGAACUCAAGCCCGCCGUGUCGGAUGCGACCAUGGCAGUGGUCAUCAUGAUGGCUCAGUAUGAGCGACACCAGGGCCGCUGGUUCCAGGGGCUUGUGCACCUGCGCGGGCUGCAGCGCAUGGUUGAGCUGCGCGGCGGGAUGGCGAGGCUGUUUACAGAGAACGCGGUCGUUGGGCACAAGAUACUACGCCUCGAUCUCGAAUUCUCAUUACACGCCAGAGCGACAACGUAUUUUCGCAUUGAGGAGUUUUCACACAUGUUGCGGACAUUGCUGCCGCCGACUCCAGAGUUCGUCAGCUCGGUGCUGGCACCAGCAUCCCCUGGAAUGACCACAGCCACAGCCGAGGAGCACGAAACCGUCCAGCGAGCCAUGUUCUCCCCUGCAGCGCUGUUUCUACCCAGCUUACCUACCGAGCUGCGCACAAUCUUUAUAGACUCGGCCUACAUCUCAGACCUCAUCAACGCCGCCGCCACCGCCAGCGAGAACGUGCGGAAGAUCAACCUAGACGAGUUCCUGCACACGCUGCUGGAUCUGGGGUAUCGGCUCGUGCAGCUCCGACCCCUCGGCGCCGUGUGCUGGGCCGUGGACAGCGCCGCGUACGCUACCGCCGCCACCCGUCCUCGCAAUUCAGGCCACGUACACCCGGGACAGGUGAUAAUGGACGACGACAGCGCGGUAACAGCUGACGUGGUGCACCUGGGGCUUUUCGCGUGGCUGAUGCGCUUCAUGCAUCGGCUCGAUGGGAUAGUCGAGGAGGUGCCGCGGCUGCUUGAGCUGGUUCAGCGCGCAGCAGAGUUCGUCCUGGGGCCGGCGCCGCCUGGAGUCGGCCCACCGUCGUCUACGUCGGGCGGCAUCUCUGACAAGUCUGGGGCAUCGCCGGGCUCUCGCUCGUGGGGAGCAAGCUUGCCUGUUGGAGGACAGACGCAUACCCCUGAAGCCACGACCAAGACAUCAUUCUCUCGAGGCCCAGAUAUACAAGCCCAGCUCGUGCUGUGGACGCUGUUCCUUACGGGGGCACUGGGGUUCCAACGCCGGCCAUAUCAGCCAUGGGUGCUGGUCAGGAUCAGGCAGGCUCUGCAGAGGCUGUGUCUGGAUGACCAAGAGUGGGAGGCGACGAGGAGUGUGCUUGGGCGAUACCCCUGGGUGCAUAAACUGCAUGGAAGGGUGGCCGAGGGGUUGUGGAAAGACGCAUUGUCUUUGAAAGAGGAUCCUGGGAGCGGAACUUCGUGA